AUGGCAAUUACAUCUAUAACUCGUAACAGGCUAAGUCUGAUAGCUAGACCACUGAAUCCAAGUGUUCAGAAUUUUCAGACUGUGAUAUCCUCCUUACCAAGGUCGUGGGGUCUAGCUUCACAAGUUCAUGGAAGAGUUCUGGAUGGUACUUUUAUUCAGUUUCUUUUUCAAUCAGAAGUUGAUCUUAUCUCAGUGCAGAGAAGAGAACCAUGGAUUUUCAAUAAUUGGUUUGUUGCUGUCCAAAGAUGGGAGGACUUUCCAAGCUUAGAUUUUCUAACAACUAUCGAUCUCUGGGUUCAAAUUCGUGGCAUCCCAUUACCAUAUGUCUCUGAUGAGACAGUCGUGCUUAUAGCGGAAAGACUUGGAGAAAUAGUGACAGUGGAUUUUCAUGAAGCAACAACGACUCAGAUAGCUUGUAUCAGAGUAAGAAUCAGGUUUGGAAUUACUGAUUGUCUACGUUUCUUUCGAAGAAUCAGGUUUAGAUCUGGAGAAACAGCAAUGAUACGCUUUCAGUAUGAGCGUCUGAGAAGAAUUUGUAGUAACUGUUACAGAAUGACUCACCAUAGGAUUCAGUGUCCGUUCCUUCAGCGUAUCCCGAUUAAUAGAGUCAACCCUGCAAUUUCCGAAAGACUUGAUCAGAAUAGAGUGGUUCAGAAUGAUGAGUUAAACAGGGAUGAUAUCAAUUCACAAUCCCAUAUAUCAGAUACAUCAUUUCCAGCACCAAGGUCUCAACCUCCAAGAGUGGAAACUCCUCCUCUUAAUCCAGAGGAAAUAGCAGCAGCUUCGCCUUACUUUCCAGAGUUCAAAGCUGAAAAUGUUCAACAUUUUGCAGUACCAAUACCAAAAAGGGUAUCAAGUAUCAGAGUACAAUCCUCAAACUGCUCUAAUGUGACUCCAUUUAAUGAUCAUGAAAGCACUGCAAAAGAGAUAAAAAAUGCAGGAAUUGGACAAACAUCUAAAUUUGAAGUAGGAGAGUCAUCGAAACAUCCAAGAUCAGAGAUAGCUAAAGAUAAAGAAAGAAAACAAAAGCAAAAGAUACAAGAGUACAAAGAUGGAGGAAUUCAGAUACCUCCGAAGAAGAGAUAAAGACACUCUACAAUCACUGUCAAGGUUUUUUGGGAACCUGCGGUAUCUUCGAAGCAGGAAUAGUAGAAAGUUAGUUUACUUUUCAAGCAUGGUUUGCAUUUUUUGAAUCCUGCCUAUCUACAGCAGAAGGAAGAUGAAGAAAU